GACAACUACGAGUGACAAUUAGGAGAAAUAAAACAACAACAAAUGUAAACAACGAUUAAAAGUGUAUAAAAUCUUUAUUUAAAUACAAAUUAGUAAAUAUAUUUUAUUACAUAGACUUUAGACUUGUAAAAUAAAUUAUUUCCACGUUAAUGUACAACUUCGGAACAAUUGUACCUACAAUUGCCACUGUUUACAUUUACAAUUAAGCAUUAAUAAUACGUUAAAAUAAUCGUAACAUAAACAAUUUGUUCUCCAUUUUUCAAAUGCUUGCCGUCUUAUUUUUAAACCGUAUGAAUACUAGGCAAAGGAAUGCCCCUAAAGUGCCUGUUACGAGAAGAAAAAAGAAAAAAUCUAAUACAGAGAUUUGUAGAACAUGUUUGAGUACUGAUGGCUUGGUGUCUCUUUUCUACAGUAAGGAAACAGAACAGAAAAGAACGGAGGAUUUGAAAAUGCUUACCGGAUUAGAGAUAAAAAUGAAUGAUGGUCUCCCACAAAAAAUAUGUACAAAAUGUAUUGAAAUUAUGAAUUCAGCAUUGGAAUUCAGGUUCAAGAGUGUAAAUGCAGAGAAAAGGCUGCUCGGCAUGCUGUCAAAGAAGAAAGCCCGGAAGAUUGGUGGAGCCCCCCCAGUUAGCAACCAAAGCGUGGGCUUUGACUAUGGGCUUUAUCAACAUGAAAUUCAUAAUGAUCAUGACUAUAUAAAAGUUAAACAUGAUGAGCUCAUGCAGAAGUUUAAAAAGAAAUCCAUACAAAGAAACCCAACUAUAAUAACCGAGAAUGGUACAUACAAGUGCCAUAUGUGUGAGAAGGAAUACAAGAAUAAACAUACACUGCGCGCGCACAUCAACUUCCAUACAAACUAUUGUGUUUGUGAGACAUGCGGUAAAAGGUGUCUCAGCUAUCACUUGCUGCUGGCACACAAGCGAGCGCGGCACGGACACGAGCGGGUCCACUUUUGCGUAUACUGUGACUACAGUUCAGCCACGAAGGACGCUUUAGUGGUCCACGAGCGACGGCAUACAGGCGAGAAGCCAUACAUUUGCGACCAAUGCGGGCUCGCAUUCCACCGGCGCUCGAAUCUCGUUCAACACAUGGCCAUACACCUGCCUGAGAGUAACUACCAAUGUACCAUCUGCAACAAACGCGAGAAGUCCAAACGUCUACUCCAGCAUCACGAGUUCAAGGUGCACCGCGAGAAGCGCCACCGGUACGUGUGCCCGGUGUGCCGGGACGUGUUCCGCAGCCCCGCCACAGUGCGGCGCCACCUGACCAGGACUCAUGCGGUGCCCCGGCAGGAGCAGGGCGUCAUAGACAAGUUUGAGUUAUCAACUUUAAUGAACAGUCGAAUAACCGACAUGUAUUGUGAAAGUGUGGUCCAGGAACAGACGGUGAGCCAGCCGGAUGUGACCUCCGUACGUGUCAAGCAGGAGGCUCGGGAGCCACAGUCGGAUACUGAUGCAGUCAUUGCACCAGGGGCUGGUGUACAUGUCUAUUGUAGCACUAAACAGGAGAUCGUCCCCAUAUUUUACGAAAAGUCUCCACAGUCCAUAACAGAAGGAGACACUGUGCUGAAACAAUUGAUUAAACAAGAAAUCGUCGAGUAUGAUGUAGAUACAAGUGGUAUUAUGAAGACAGAGUGUGUUGCCAAUGAGGAAACGGCCCAUAUAAACAUAUUCUCUGGUGAAGAUAGUCAGCCAUCAACAAAAGAAUGUGAGAAUUAUGAUAUAAAAACUGAAUUGAUCGUAGAACCUAGUGAUUCAAAACCAGAGAUCGACUCUGAAAAUGUCCACAACUCUAAGCACCAAGACAGUGGUACAUGUGAGACAAAGUCAAAUGGUACAUUAGAAUGUCAUAUGUCAUCACCAGUAUAUACUGGACAACCUUACAAGCCUGAAACAAGUUUAAAAAAUAAAAAUGUACUAGUUCCUACUGCUGCAAAGCCUUACAGCUGUGAUGUAUGUCAGAAAUGUUUCAACACACGAGCGCAUUUGAAUGAACACACACGUAUACACAGUAGAGAAACUCCGUACACGUGCACCGUGUGUCAGAAGUCAUUCAAAACAAAAGCAUAUUUGAAAAAUCACUUCUAUAUACAUACCGGUGAAAAGCCGUACAGUUGUGACGUGUGCAAAAGAGGCUUCAGGAUAAAAGGACAUUUGGAGGACCACGCCAACAUACAUACUGGUAAAAGGCCGUACACUUGUGACAUAUGUAAGAAAUGCUUUAACACGCGGGCACAUUUAAAAGAGCACACGAUCACACACAGCAGCGAGACACCGUACACGUGCGAUUUGUGCAAAAAGUCAUUUAAAACGAAAGCGUACUUGAAACAGCACUUGACCACGCACACCGGUGAAAAGCCAUACAGCUGUGACGUAUGUAAAAGGGGUUUCAGAAUAAAGGCACACUUAGAAGAGCAUUCACACAUACAUACGGGUGAGAAGCCGUACAGUUGUGACGUGUGCAAGAAAAGAUUCCUCACGGUGAAACGUUUGAAACACCACUCGCAUAUACACACGGAUGAGAAAAUACGUUGUGAUGUGUGUAAAAAAUGUUUCAACUCGAAGCAAAGUUUAAAAGCACACUUGGCCACCCACACUGAGGAGAAGCCGUACAGCUGUGACAUAUGCAAGAAGUGCUUCACGAGGAAGUACAAUUGGAAACUACACUUGGAGAAUCAUGGCAGUGAACAGCCGUACACUUGUAAUGUGUGUAAAAAAUGUUUCAAAACGAAACCCAAACUGAAGAAACAUGUCUGCCUUCAUAUACACACCAUUGGGAAAUAUUUGUGCGUCCAUGCUGUUGGACAGAGCUGCGAUUAGAGUGCGAAGGAAUGUUACGUACUGGUUUUUCUGUCUAGAUAACUACUAAGAACCAACCCUCUAAACAAGGAGGGAAAGAGACUGUUAGUAAUGGAGACCACAGGAAACCACAGGACCAGGUCGACCUCCUCACGGUUCCCCCUGGAAACUAUCCUGGUUAAUUCCCAAUGAAUUCAUCAUGAUAGGCUAACUGGCCUGUUUUCAUUCUCACCUAUCACCCUUCACUGGUGCUCCGCCAGCGUAUACCGUUAGCGCAGGCGGGGUUACCGUACCAUUUUCACUCAUCAAAAAAAAAUACCACUAUCAAGCCUACAUAUAUAUAUAUAUAUUUUUUUUUUAAUGGUUGAUAAUGGAAUGGUAACCCCACCCGCGCUAUCGGUAUACACCGGCGGGGCACCAGUGAAGGAUGAUAGGUGAGGACGAAGCAGGCCAGUUAGCCCAUCGUGACGAAUUCAACAAGAAUUGUACACGAUGGUUUCCAGGGGGAACCACGUGGUGGUCGAUCUGAUAGGGCAUAUUGCUAGCAAUGUCGAACUCCAUUGCUAACAAUCCCUUUCCCCCUAAGUCUAUAUAUAUAUAUAUAUAUAUAUAUAUAUAUAUAUAUAUAUAUAUAUAUAUAUAUAUAUAUAUAUAUAUAUAUAUAUCAUAGACAUCAUAGAGGCAUAUUGGUGGAAAAGUGAUGAAAGAUAGUGAUAUUUGAUCAUUCCUAAUUUAAACAAUAAAGUUUAACAUUUUAUAAUUGUUACACGUUUGUUAACAAGGAUAUUAGGCAAGGAUGUCCUUAUUAUUUCUUUUAUUAAAAUUAUACGUCAAAAUUUAAAAAGUUUAUAA